AUGGCUCCUGCGAAGCUCCUCUUCGCCGUCGUCGUCGCGCUUCAGGCCUCCGCGAUCCUCGCGCAGACGUGCUCGUGCGCCGACUGCGAGACGGUGGCCCCUCCCUGCUACGCCAGCAGGUGGUACGCGUGGUGGAUCAAGGACGACUGCAGCUCGCAGUCGCUGUGGAACAGCGUGCAGUCCUCCAGCGACGUGCGCAGCAGCGUGCUGGCCGUGUGGGGCCCUGGCACGCCCGGCUCCACCACCUCCUUCCAGAGCUACGUGCUCAUGGCGGCCAACAACCGCAGGAACCCCAGUUGCGUCAAGACGUACCUGCUCGACUGGAUCAAGUGCAAGGCCGCGCCCACUGACUCGGCCGUUCAGUUUUACAACUCUGCACUGGGCGUGGGGGUGAGCGGGGUGAAGGAUGUGCGGUCGCUCAACACUUUUGUGACGGCGGUGAUCAAGAAGAUUGGCCAGACCGUGUUUAACACGCUCGCUGGCAUGCUCAGGCAGCGCGGCCUGCAGGCUCAGCCAAUCGGCAUGGUGCUCGCGCGUGUUCUCACGGGCUCCGCUCGUCGCGGAGCCUCUAAAUCCCGCCCCGUUUCCCUCGCCUCUCGCCUCUCACCACCCAUUUCCACUCCCUCCGCUAUAAACACCACUCCCUUCGCCGCGCCUCAUGCCUGUAGCGGAGCAGCAGCGCUGCGUCCUAUAGCGGGGAUGCCGCCGCUCUUGCCGUUCGCAGCAGCGGGUGCUGUUGCGUCGUCGUCGACGCUAGCAGGAGUCGCCGGGGCGGGGUCGCCCAGCGGCGUGGCAUGCGGGCCGCAGCUGACGGAAGGAAUAGACUCGUCGCCUUCUGCUCCCGCUGCACACGUUUUUAAACAGGUGACAUGCCUUACAACAGUGUAUUGCGCGGAUAAAGCGGAUGAAGAGGCAGCACAAGCAGGGCAAGUCGGGCCUGCCUACCUCUACGUACCCUUUCCCCUAUCUUCCACUCUCACCGCGCCUACCUCUCCAGUGAUUGAGCUGGAGCGGCUACAGGCGGAGGCGCUGAAGGACAGUGAAUUCGAGCGGUUAAAGAAGCAGCACAAGCAGGGCAAGUUGGGCCCUCCUACCUCUACUAUAACACCUCGCUACCAACUGGUGAUAGAGCUGGAGCGGCUACAGGCAGAGGCGCUCAAGGGCGGGGGGUUUGAGCGGAUACGCAAGCAGCACAAGCAGGGCAAGCUGACCGCCAGAGAGCGCAUCAUGACUCUGCUGGACCCUGGGUCGUUUGAAGAACUCGGUGAGUGGCGCGGCAGUGCAGUGCAAGCAUCAGUGGCAGGGCAAGGCAAGGUGGCAGCGAGAGAGCGAGUGAUGACUGUGCUGGUCCCAGGGUUGACUGAAGAGGUCGACAUGUUGGUGCAGCAUCGCUGUCGGGACUUUGGCAUGGAUGAGACACAGAUUGCAGGCGAUGGCGUUGUGACUGGCAGCGGCACCAUCAAUGGGAGGCUGGUGUUUGUGUUCAGCCAAGACUUCACCGUGUUUGGCGGAAGCCUGUCAGAGACCCAUGCGAGCAAGAUAGUGAAGAUCAUGGAGAAGGCAAUGCUAGUGGGAGCACCUGUCAUAGGCAUCAACGACUCGGGGGGAGCUCGCAUUCAGGAGGGCGUUGUGUCGCUCGCCGGCUAUGCCAACGUCUUCCAGCUGAACGUGCUGGCAUCGGGAGUUAUUCCGCAGCUCUCCCUCAUCAUGGGGCCCUGCGCAGGUGGUGCUGUCUACUCGCCUGCUCUCACAGAUUUUGUGGCCAUGACUCGAGGCACGGCGUACAUGUUUGUCACGGGGCCUGACGUGGUGAAGCAAGUCACGUUUGAGGAUGUCACUCGGGAUGAGCUGGGAGGGGCGGACGUGCAGUCCAAGUCAGGAGUGGUGCACCUGGCGUAUGACAACGAACUCGAUGCUCUUGCAAGGAUCCGGGACCUCUUUGACUUCCUGCCGCUCUCCAAUCAGCAUGCGCCACCUCUGCGCCCCAACUUCGACUCCCCCAACCGCGUGUCACCCUCGCUGGACUUUGCUGUGCCGCGGGACCCCAACACGGCAUACGACAUGGUGGAGAUCAUCGAGCAGGUGGUGGACGAUGGGGAGCUGUUUGAGGUGCAGGGAGGCUUUGCACGAAACAUCCUCAUUGGAUUCGCGAGGCUGGACGGGGGCACGGUGGGAGUGGUGGCGAAUCAGCCCAAGGAGCAGGCGGGCUGCCUCGAUAUCAACGCCUCCAUUAAGGGAGCUCGCUUUGUGCGUUUCUGCGAUGCGUUCAACAUCCCCAUCCUCACCUUCGUCGACGUCCCAGGCUUCCUCCCAGGCACAGAGCAGGAGCACAACGGCAUCAUCAGGCAGGGGGCGAAGCUGCUGUACGCGUAUGCGGAGGCCACGGUGCCCAAGCUCACUGUCAUCACUCGCAAGGCGUAUGGGGGGGCGUACGACGUGAUGAGCUCCAAGCACCUGAGGGGCGACGCCAACUACGCAUGGCCAUCGGCAGAGAUUGCAGUGAUGGGAGCCAAGGGCGCAGCGGAGAUCCUGCACAGGGGCAGCGUGGACUUGGAGAGUCUGACAGCGGAGUACACUCGCAAGUUCGCCAACCCGUACAGUGCGGCGCAGCUGGGAUAUGUGGAUGCUGUUAUCAUGCCGAGAGACACACGCAAGGUGCUCUGCAAGGAGAUGGCUCGUUUGAGGAAUAAG